AUGUCAACACAGUCCCUGCCCUCCUUCGCUCAGGCGUUCUCAACACACGGCCUCAGGGAGCUCAACACCACAAACGCUCUCCCUCCCAUCAUGGCCGUCGCAGGCAGGAAGCGUUCCCGCACGGACAAGCAGCCCACCGACGACGACGACCCACCCCCCGUCCGCGUCAAGCAGGAGCACGACGAGCUCGACAGCGACGACGACAGCAACGAGCCCCAGGCCCAGCACGACACCCCCCAUCUCGCCCACGACCACGCCGGGGCUCCUCCCCCCUCCAGUCUCAUGCCAUCCCCCCUCAAAAAGCGGAGGGUCACCGUCAGUGGCGCCGCACCCCACCCCCUGCGCAUCGACGUCCGCCCCAACACAGAUCAGACAUCCUCCACCCCCAUAUCGCCCGUCGUCAUGGGCUUCACCAUCCAGCGCGACAACCCCAACGCCAUGGAGCAGGUCCGCUCCAUGAUCUCAGUAAAGCAGAAGCAAAAGGCCCUUAUCGAGCAGCGCAGGGGCAGCGCAGCUGGCAUCAUGUCCCCCGUAGCCAAUGCCCCUCCCACCCCCAUCGACGACCACCAGCAGCAGCAACAGCAACGCAUUCCCCCCUCCGCGGCUUCCGCUAAAACGACUGCAUCUGGGAACAACUCGUCCGGUCCUGUCACCCGCGCCUCGCGCCGCAGCCCAAACACUUCCAGCACCACCGUCUCCCGUCGCCAGCAGCAGCGCGCACAAACGCCCCCUCCGCCCCCCGUGCCCCCCCAACCAGCACCCAUGCAGUCUCAGCAGCAGCAGCAGAACCACGCCCCGCCUCCGCCCCAGCAUUCUUUACCUCCGCCUCCGAUCAGCUUCGCCCGGCGCCGCGCCGCCCUGCUGGGGGGCAAGAAGAAGCCCGCAGAUAUCGUCAUCAGUCCCCGCGAGGCACACACUCGCGAUCAGUUCCAGCCAUCCAUACAGAGCGCGCCACCCGUCCCACAGGCAGGUGGUCAGAGUGCAUUCUACCGCGACGCGGCAGCGGGUCGGACACCCAUGAUGGCCCUCCCCCGCCUGCCGACGAUGCACCCGGGCGAGCACGUUCGUCGCGUGGCGGGCAACGUCCCUCCCACGCCCACGCGGCUUUCCAUGCUCCAGCAGCAACAGCAGCAGCAGCAGGCGCAAUCUGUCAUCCCAGGCAGCAACCCGAACAGCAAUAACAACACGGGUGGUGUCGCACACCGAUCGCCCCCCGCCUCGGUGCCCAUCGCGUCCACGCUCGUCCCACCCACGCCGACCUCGCUGCACCGCCCAGGGUACUCGGGCGACAAGUCGGCGUUCCUCGCGCCGUUUGAGCUCUUCUACGACGCGCUGAGCGACUCGCGCCAGCUCAAGGCGUGGCUCGGCGAGCAGCUCCAGAAGAGCCACGCGCUGAUGCAGAGCGUGGCGCAGCAGCAGGAAAGGAUCGACGAACGGGUGGAGGUGCUCGUGGAGAAGCGCGUCGCGGGGAUGAAGGCGGAGAUGGCGGGCUUGCGCAGGCGCGUCGACGAGCUCGAGGACGCGCUCCGGUCAGCCUCCACCGCGUCUGGUUCAGGCACCUUCCCGCACCGGCGGCACAGCGACGACCUCGAUGCGGGCCCGCCUCCGCCUCCGAGCAUUCACGGCAAGCACCCGCCGUCCUUGUUGGUGCACCAGAAUGGACUCGGAGAAGGAUACACCUUCCCCCCUGUUCCAUCCGCCUCGUCGUCCUCGCACCACGAGCCGUCGAGUGGGUCGCGGCUGAGACAUGAAAGACACGAACGGCCGGAGCUCGUGCGCAGGCCCUCGUCGCCUGGCUCGGGCUGGGGCCACCAGGAGCGCGACAACGCGAGUGGGUCGCCGGCUCCGGGGUUUGAUUCACGGAGGCUGUCGACGAGUGCCGCGAGGCAUGAGUCGGGGGCACAGCAGCAGAGGUCUGUUAUGCAGUCGCCUUCGCAGGUUUUCCGGGAGAGGGAGAGGGAAAGAGAACGAGAUAGAGAUAGGGACAGGGACAGUAGGCCUCAGGCUGUUAGCAGGCAGAACUCGAGCCAGUCGGCAGGUGGUCCCAAAGGUGUAGCGGAGCGGGAGUCGUCGGAUCGGGACGCGUCAAGACGCGCAGGCAGCAGACGCAAUUCCGUGUCGAUGUCCCCGCCGGACGAGGAGAGCUGA